UUUUAUUUUCUUACAAUUUUAAUUACAACUUUAUAUUUAAUUUUAAUUUCGAUAGAUGUGGUCGCGUGUCAAAAACUUAUAAUUAUGUAUUAGUGUUUAAAUAUUUGUGCGUUCUACGACAUGGAUAUCUAUCAGUCCAUUUGUAAGGGUUGUCUCAGUUCAAACAGAUCUUUAACUGUUGCAGAUAGUGAUUUAAAAACUAUUUUAUGCGAUAUUAUUGAUAAUAAAAUGGAACAUUCACAAGAUAUAUUAUUGUGCUGGGAAUGUAAAGCAAUUAUCAAGAGGUUUCUAAAAUUCCAACAGCAGGUGAAGAAAGCAAAGAGAGAGUUGGACAGGUUUAUACAUUUAAAUACAAGCAUAUCUUCCCUAUCCCAUCUUACUAUUAGCAAGCAGGAUAUAAUUGAUAUGGACAGAGAAUGUAAAGAAGAGACGUGUGAUAUACCAACAGUGUUUGUAAAGGUUGAGGAAUUACCUGUUGAAAUCUCAAACAAUCCCGAAUCUCAUGUUUUUGAAUCUCACAAUAGUUAUGAUGAUAAUGAAUAUCAUAGCGACUAUGAGGAGAGUACAAACCAAUGUGUGGGAGAGGCCUUAGAUGAAAAGGAUAAUUUGCUAAUUCCUACAAAACAAAAAAUAGAAGUAAAAAAUAAAACGAGGAUAAAAACUAAAGUGAUAUUCAAUGAAUCAGAUGAUGAACCAUUGAAACCCAAGAAUGAAAAUAAUCAGGAGAAAAAGAUUUGUAUAAAAAAGAAGGAAGGUUUGCAAAAGAAGAAAAAGCGCGAAAAGCCGGCUGGUGUUAUAAGAAAUGCAAGAGUUGCAAAGAAACUACAAGAGCUCAAUGUGAGCAGGGAUCAACUUGAAAUGGUUCUUCUGACCUGGGAAGAAGUAGAGCUAGAGCGUCAGACAGCUCGGCAGCGGGCGACGUUCACGCGCCAUCAGAGUCGCUGCGCCGACUGCGCGCUCGGCUUCAACCACGCCUCCAAGCUGGACGAGCAUAUGAGGAAACAUGAUCCGAUUCCCAAUGGCGAGCAGUGUGACUUUUGCCGCGUGUGGUGCAAGGACAGUCGCGCGCUCGUCGCUCACAAACGGAGACAUCGCCUGCGGUGGCGGUGCCGCACGUGCGGGCUCACGUGGUCGCGCGCCGCCACCGCCGCCGACCACGCCGCGCGCGACCACGACGCGCCGCCGCCGACGCACGCCUGCGCGCUCUGCCCGCACCGGGCUACAACGCUGGGCAAGCUGCGCAGUCACCUCCGUAGCCACGACGAGCAACAGAAGUGCGAGGUGUGCGGCAAGACCUUCCGCGACAGGACCGCGCUGAAGACGCAUCUCCUAAUCCACAAAGGCGAGAAGAGGUUCGCUUGUCCGCGGUGCGACAAGCGGUUUCUUUUCAAGAGCGCCAUGGACAUACACCUCGAGACACACAACGCCUCCGCUCAGCUCUACUGCCAUCAGUGUGACAUGAACUUCAAGAACCGCAUGUCGUACAACCAGCAUAUGCGUUACAACCUCAAACACAUCGACCCCGCCAAGCUGAAACACGCGUGCGACUCGUGCGGCAAGCGGUUCGCGAAGUCGUCGCGCCUGGCGGAGCACAACAUGGCCGUGCACCUCAAACUCACGCCCGUCACCUGCACCAUGCCCGGAUGUCAGUUUUCGUGUUCGUCUCGGCCAGUGCUGCGGACCCACAUCAGGAUGCAGCACCGCGACGGCCGCGAGAAGAGGAACCACGUGUGUCAUCUGUGCGGGAAGGCGUACAUUAGCAAGAGCUGUCUGGAGGGUCACCUGCGCGCGCACUCAGGCGAGCGGCCGCUGCGGUGUCCGCGCUGCCCCGCCGCCUUCGCCUAUGACGCCGCCCUAUACAACCACAUCAAACACGUCCACCUCAAGCACAAGAAAAUUCGGAUUCGGGAUGCUCAAAGUGGCGACUGGUCGCUUACGAUACCAACACCUGCUGAUCAAACAUGACAAUAAAACUUUUGUACAAUAAUGA